AUGAAUAUUUUAUGGAUUGUUCUAAUUGUCGGACACUUGAGUAAUUUGGCAUUAUGUCAAGGUCAACCGAAGUACAGUCUACAAAAUAUGCCGCACACUAGCUUUUCAUGUCGUGAUAAAAUUCUCGGCGGUUACUAUGCAGAUCCUGAGACGAAUUGUCAAAUGUUUCAUAUUUGUGUGAAAGUUGCAGGAGUCGGAAUCCAAGAUUUCCGAUUCUUGUGCCCAAAUGGAACUGCUUUUGAUCAGGAAGCUCAAAUUUGCGCAGAUUGGGGUGAUGUAGAUUGCGAGGCAGCAACAAUCUUCUAUGGAGCAGACAAUUUUGACCUUUAUCGUAUAGGAACAAAUUUUGAAAGCAAGAAAUCAAAUCGUGCGGACGAGGAUGAAUCAAUUUUCCAUCUACAACAUGCUGAAUCAAGUGAUGCACGAAGAAGUAAGCAGUAUGUAUCAAAUCAGAAUUCUAUUCAGAAUCAACCUCGACCUACCACAACUGUAAAAACCACAACAUUCCGAACUACUCAACGCACAACUCCCUAUACUUUUCCAACAACAACAUCAACUACAACUUCGACAACUGUCAGACCAACAAGCACUUCCGCGCCACGAAGUUAUUUUGAAAGUAGUACAACACGAGAAUUCGUGUCAACUUAUAAGCCAACAUUACAUCCAAAACAUUUCAUCGAUGAUAAGGCAGUAAUAUCAACGUAUCGACCAAAAAAUGCUAACGAUUACUUUAAUAGGGCAAAAGCCUCAUCAAAUGAUGAUGAAAUAUUCAAGCAGUCCCAAAGCUCACACUUUUAUAACAAUAAAAAUAAUGGCAAAGAAGAUUUCGAAGAUGAAUUUGUGAAAGCAACAAAGUCACCAGCUAAACAAAAAGUGCGUGGACGUCAACGUGGCAGAAGCAAGUUCCGUAAUUCAAAUAAUGUAAAUGCAGUAACUUCAGCACCUGUACGUAAUAAUAAUUUCCAAACUCCGACGACGUCUACACAAAGAGUACCAUUCGAACAAAAUACAAGAACUACAUUCACAAAUACUCCAAUUGUUGUACAACCAAUUGUGAAUCAAAGACAAAAUGUGACACAAUUGCAAGCAUCAAAUAACUAUCAAUCAUCGCAAUCAAGGCAAACGACUACAUACUCUUCCACAAAUGCACCAAAUUUGGUAAGAACCACAGACGAGACAUUCUUCGAUGUUCCAAAAAUCAAACAGAAAGUUCAAACCACAAAAUUGAAGAGCGCUUCAUCACCACUUAAUGUCGUUCCAUUGGCACCUUCUACAACUACAACGUCAUCGACUUUUGCACCUCAACCAGCCGUGCCACAAUUCAAUUACAAUUCAUUCCCGCAAAAUAACUUUGGUGCCAUCCCACAACGUGUUAUUAUUCCCAGUCAAUUAAGUCCCGAACAGAGACUCGCAUUACAAGCCUCAAAUGGUAACUUAAAUAAUUUCCAAACGACAGUGACAACGACUCAAACGCCCUCGACAACGACACCUGUCACGCCUCAGCAAUUUAACAGAGCUAAUCAAUUGGGAAAUUCGCAAAAUGAACAAAAGACAAAAGUCUCGCAACAGAAAUUCAAUUUCAAGACACAAAAGUAUGAGUUCAUUGAACCACAGAAUCCAACGACACAGUUCUAUAAUCCAAAAUACGAGACAAAGGGGUCAGAUCAAUCUGGUAUUGAAAAUAUUAACUUGGAACCGACUAGAAGUAACUUUGUCAAGCUACAUAAUAAAACGUAUGCAUCAAGACAGACAACGACUGGAUUUGAUGAAAAUAAGCCUACAACAUUCAAUCCACAACAGUACUAUCAAUCAGAUCAAUAUCAAAACUUAUCACCACGUGGAUUCUCAUUAGCAGCACAGCAACAGCAACAACAGAAGAAAACUCCAUCCCCAGAAAUUCGUCCACAAAUCACAUCAAGAUCAGAAUCCCGAAAUCACAAGAAAUUCUCAACUCUCGUGCCGAAAGAAAAUUACAACUUUCCAACUACAUUCAAGCCAGAGACGUACAGUAAGAAGCAUGUAGACACGAAAAUUGAAAAGAUUUCAAACCCAAACAAAUAUUACUCACAAAUUAUCACUAAUGCUCCGACAGUUGGAACUACAACAACAACAACUUUAGCACCAAUUCCACAGCAAUACAAUAAUAAUAAUAAUCAAUUUAACAGUCAAACGACCACCUCGAGAUACGCCAAUUAUUUCUCAACAAGUACCACACCGAGACCAUUGGGCAUCGGCGAAGAAGAUGAUGGACUGUACAGACCUGAUUUGUAUGAGAAAGAUUUAUUUAAAAAUAAAGCAAGAUUGCCAACAAGAACUUCAGUUCCAUCAUCGACACCUGUGAAGAAUACUUUAGUUCCAUCUUCGACACCUGUGAAGAAUACUUUAGUUCCAUCAUCGACACCUGUGAAGAAUUAUUCAGUUUCAUCAUCAAUACCUGUGAAAAAUACUUCAGUUCCAUCAUCGACACCUGUGAGAAAUACUCCAUCAUCAAUACUUGUGAAAAAUACAUUAUUCCAAUUCUAUCAGACAUCAACCACAUUAGCACCAUCAGUUAGAAAUUAUAUCCAAAAUAGUGAUGAAGAUGAGUUCCUUAAAACUGAGCAUUCACAAAACAUUUUCGCUAGUGGAAAUCAAUUGAGAGCUGAAAAGGAGAAAGAGAAGAUCUUUGGCAAGACUUAUGAGCAAUACUCAGAGACAUCCAGUCCUCGUCCGUUUUCCAAACCAACCCUUCCACCGACUACAACUCAAUAUACAACUACAACUUUUAAAACAACAACCAGAACGAUACCCAAAUCGUCGUCAUCAGCAAAGCCUAAAGUAGAUAAAGAUGUCAGUUACGACUAUCAAUAUUAUGACACGAAUGGCGAUCAUGAAUAUCCAGAGGUAGAAGCUAUUGAGGAUUUCGGCAGAACAGUAAAGAAAUCAAGCACCAGUAAUUGA